AUGUCCGAUCCCAGCAAGGAUGGUGCUGAAGGACCGGCACGAAGGCCACGGGCGCCCACAAUCACGAUUGAUACUACGAAUGACUCUGAGCCCACCCCUCAUGCCGCUCCACGAUCACCGGUGUCGCCUACCGACGUAACCACAAGUCCGACUGCACUGACAGCUAGCUGGACAUCAUCCGAGCGAACGGCUCACGAAAUGCGGACUGCGAAUUCGUUUGACAGUAGUAAAGACAGCCGGCCUACGAGUCCCCACAAUGUCUCUAGUCCUGUCACUUCGAGAGGGAAUGAGAAGGGCCAGGCCUUUUUGUCAGUACCAACCAACCACCGUUCACGACAGAACUCCGUUGAUUCUGAGGACGGGUCCCGAUCGUUCGCCUCUUCUCAAGGUGACACUAUCACUGCGACUACCUCGUGGCAAGGUGAAAAGAGUGCCGCGAAGAACAUUCACGAUAAUGACCAGAUCAUGAAGGACGAAGCUGCUCUGAAGCCCGAUCAAGGAAAAGAGGCUGAUUUCGAGGUUAAGAACAACCCGUUCGCCUUUAGUCCCGGCGAGCUCACCAAGAUGUUCAACCCCAAGAGUCUAUCGGCCUUCUACAAGCUUGGUGGCCUUGUCGGAAUCGAAAAGGGGCUGCGUAGCAAUCGGGACACGGGACUGAGUAUUGAUGAGAAGCAUCUCGAUGGUACAGUGUCUUUCGAGCAGGCGACUAAUCGUACACCACCCAAGCUUGCCAAUGAGGGAGUGGAAAGCCCGCAGACGCCAGUUGCUCGCACUGGAACAGCACCGAGACAGGCAUCCGACGACGAUUUUGCCGACCGAAAACGGGUUUACAGGGAUAAUCGACUACCUGAGAAGAAGGGCAAGAGCUUCCUACAGUUGGUCUGGAUCACUUACAACGACAAGGUCCUCAUCCUGCUUUCCGUUGCUGCCGUUGUCUCGCUCGCUAUCGGACUGUACCAGACGUUUGGAGCCGUACACGAACCGGGCAACCCAGGGGUCGAAUGGAUCGAGGGCGUGGCCAUUAUUGUUGCCAUUGUCAUUGUCGUACUCGUUGGAUCCGUGAACGAUUGGCAGAAGGAAAGACAAUUUGUCAAGCUGAACAAAAAGAAGCAGGACAGAGUAGUGAAGGCGGUUCGCUCAGGCAAAACUGUCGAAAUAUCGGUUUUCGACAUCCUGGCUGGCGAUGUUCUGCAUCUGGAACCUGGUGAUCUCCUCCCCGUGGAUGGCAUUCUCAUCCAGGGCUUCAACGUCAAGUGCGACGAGUCGCAAGCUACCGGAGAGUCGGAUAUCAUACGCAAGAGACCGGCUGACGAGGUGAUGGCGGGUAUCGAGAAUGGCGAAAACACGAAGAAGCUCGAUCCGUUCAUCCAGUCCGGUGGCCGCGUCAUGGAAGGCGUGGGCACUUUCAUGGUCACUUCUACUGGUAUCUAUUCCAGCUACGGAAAGACGAUGAUGUCCUUGAACGAAGACCCCGAGAUUACGCCAUUACAGUCAAAGCUCAACGUUAUCGCCGAAUACAUUGCCAAGCUUGGUGGUGGUGCUGGUCUACUCCUAUUCAUCGUGCUCUUCAUCGAGUUUCUCGUUCGUUUGAAGUCAAGCACUGCCUCUCCAUCUGAGAAGGGUCAGCAAUUCAUCGAGAUUUUCAUCGUGGUAGUCACCAUCAUUGUCGUUGCAGUUCCUGAGGGGCUACCACUGGCCGUCACGUUGGCUUUAGCCUUUGCGACAACUCGUAUGAUUAAAGACAACAACUUGGUCCGCCACCUGAAAGCCUGCGAGGUCAUGGGAAAUGCUUCAACCAUCUGCUCGGACAAGACAGGUACUCUCACACAAAACAAGAUGAAGGUCGUUGCAGGAACCAUCGGUACAACACAUCGAUUCGGAAGUGGCGGGGCGGCCGUCGAGGAGACGUCCGCAUCGACCAACGCUGCCUCCGCAGAUUUCUCCGAGAAAGAGUUUGCCAGUGCUCUCUGCGGCGGCGCGCGCGAGCUUCUGUUGAAGUCCAUCUCCAUUAACUCCACCGCAUUUGAAGGUGACGUCGACGGUGUCAACACCUUUAUCGGCUCCAAGACCGAGACUGCCUUGCUGGAAUUCGCGAAGGAUCAUCUCGGCAUGGGACCGGUCAGCGAGGAGCGUUCAAGCGUGAAAGUUUUGCAGCUCAUUCCCUUCGAUUCUGGCCGGAAAUGUAUGGGUGUAGUCGUUCAGCUCGAGAAUGGCACGGCCCGUAUGUACGUGAAGGGUGCAUCGGAGAUCCUUCUCGCGAAAUGUUCUGAGAUGCUUGUCGACCCUGCCAAAGAUCUGUCUAGUGUGUCUUUGACCAACGACAACGAUGAGACUGUCAAGGGCCUUAUCAACGACUACGCAUCACGGUCGCUUCGAACCAUUGGGAUUAUCUACAAGGACUUCGAGAAAUGGCCCCCGCGAAAUGCGAAGCGCGUUGAAGGUGAACGGAACGAGAUUGUUUUUGAAGACGUGUUCAACAAGAUGACCUUCAUCGGCAUGGUUGGAAUUCAAGAUCCUCUCCGUGAUGGUGUCCUUGAGGCUGUCAAGGAAUGUCAGAGGGCUGGCGUCGUGGUUCGCAUGGUUACUGGUGACAACAAGCUGACUGCUCAAGCCAUUGCUCAGGAAUGCGGAAUCCUGCAGCCCGAUGGGGUUGUGAUGGAAGGACCCGAGUUCCGGAAUCUGAGCAAGUUCGCACAGAACGAGAUAAUUCCCCGGCUUCAGGUCCUCGCCCGUUCCAGUCCGGAAGACAAGCGCAUUCUGGUGCGCCGUCUGAAAGAUUUGGGCGAGACGGUGGCUGUCACUGGUGAUGGUACAAAUGAUGCGCCGGCUCUGAAGCUGGCAGAUGUUGGAUUUUCCAUGGGUAUCGCUGGUACGGAGGUCGCGAAAGAGGCUUCCGCUAUCAUUCUCAUGGACGACAACUUCGCCAGUAUCGUCAAGGCGCUGAAGUGGGGUCGCGCUGUCAACGAUGCCGUGAAGAAGUUCUUGCAGUUUCAGUUGACCGUCAACGUCACGGCCGUUGCACUGACUUUCAUCACGGCUGUCUCUAGCAGUGACGAAGGCUCUGUACUGACGGCUGUGCAACUUCUGUGGGUUAACCUGAUCAUGGACACUCUCGCUGCUCUUGCUCUUGCUACCGAUCCUCCGCAGGACAGCGUCCUGGACCGAAAGCCGGAAAGGAGAGGUUCAAGCAUCAUUUCGAUCACCAUGUGGAAAAUGAUCGUUGGGCAGGCGAUAUACCAGCUGGUGGUCACUUUUGUGCUGUAUUACGCCGCGUACGCAAUUGGCAUAGCUGCGCGUGAGGGCUCCGACGUUCUAUCGACUCGAAGGGAUACCUUGGUAUUCAACACCUUUGUCUGGAUGCAGAUCUUCAACCAGUGGAACAACCGCCGAUUAGACAACAAAUUCAACAUUUUUGAAGGCUUGACGCAGAAUUGGUUCUUUGUCGGAAUCAACCUCGCUAUGUGCGGCGCUCAAGUGCUCAUUAUAUUCGUUGGAAGUACUCCUUUCAAUAUUUCACAACUGAGCCCAACCCAGACAGGACCGCAAUGGGCUGUUGCGAUAAUAUUGGGCCUACUUUCGAUCCCAAUAGGAAUGCUCAUUCGCUGCAUCCCUGACGAUCUGAUCGAGAAGUGCGUCCCCGCAUUUCUCAAGCGCAAGUCUAGGCUUCCCGGGUUCACAGUCUCCGAUGAAGAGCGAUUCGACGCUUACCCCGAAGUACUCUCUGACGUCAGAGAUGAGCUGGCUUUCCUUAAACGGCUCAAGGGCGGCCGUCUGAACAACUUGAGGUUCGCCGUCAAGCACCCUCGCGACUUCAUGGCAAAGACGAAGAGCCCCUCUCACUCACGCUCCAACUCGAUGAGAGCACCACAGACCCCAACUGGUGAAGAUAGUUUCGGAACACCGUCACCGGCACCCACACCGGAUUCCCGGAAGCGAUCCAGGUCCAUGAGAUCACGGUCGAACUCAGCACUAGGUGCGCCGACGGUGAUGGCUGGCAUCAUUGCUGGUAGCGUGGCUGCUGGAUGGUCUCCCAUUGAGAAGAGUGGAGAGCGCGAUUUCUCGCAACCCCUUCGCCCAACGCCCUCCCCGUUGGCUCACAACGAACUUGAGCCUUCUCCCGCAUUGACGGAGGAGCCCACGGAGAUGGAGGAGUCGAGAGCAGCAGACGUACCGCGGCUCAGUGUGCCUCAACCACCUUCACAUAAGCCAAAGUCUAUUGCUUAG